AUGCGCCGGCAAGAGUUGGGGCAGGGUUCAGCCGGCGACUGGCCGGGACCCGGCGAUCCGGCAGCAGUCACCCCAUCUCCUCUGCCCGCAGGCAAUCCCGCUCCAGAGCCCUCCGGCGAGCCUGAGCCCGCCCCUGUGCAGGUACCGGCGGCAGGACAGGCAGCAGGAUCCGGAUCCGCAACCGUCUCGGGACCCUCAGCGGGAGCUCGCCCGGCCUCCAAGGCUGGAUCGGAGGCAGGAGUCCAGCGCGCGUCCGCAUUCUCGGCAGUCCAGGGGAAUGCCCAGUCCGUGCCCGACAACUCGGACGCGCCGCGGACUCGCUUCAUAUUCCAAGGUCCAUUUGGCCCCCGCGCCGCUGGCUUGGGGACUGGAAAGGCAGCGGGCAUCUGGAAGACGCCGGCUGCCUACAUCGGCCGGCGGCCUGGGGUGUCGGGCCCCGAGCGCGCCUCCUUUAUUCGGGAGCUGGAGGAAACGCUGUGUCCUGACCUACACCCACCAGUCAAGAAAAUCACCCAAGAAGAUGUCAAAGUGAUGUUGAGUUUGCUAGAGGAGAGAGAGCGGGACUUGAACACGGCAGCUCGCAUUGGCCAGUCCCUGGUGAAACAGAACAGUGUUCUGCCGGAGGAGAACAGCAAGCUGGAAGCCAUGCUGGGCUCGGCCAGGGAGGAGAUUUUACAUCUCAGACACCAGGUGAGCCUGCGGGAUGACCUCCUUCAGCUUUACUCAGACUCUGAUGAUGAAGAGGAGGAGGACGAGGAGGAUGAAGAAGAAGAGCGGGGGCAUGGUCAUCCCUACGAAGCCUCAGAUCCGACUCCUCUGACAGAGUCAGAGGCACACCACUGCCCGCAGCUGGAGGCCCUGCAGGAGCGGCUGCGGCUGCUGGAGGAGGAGAACGAGCAGCUGCGAGAGGAGGUCUCUCAACUCGAUGACCUUGAGGAGGAAGGACAGAUGUUCAUCCUGGGUUGUGUGGAGCAGUUUUCGGAGGCCAGCCAGCAGAUGGCCGAGCUGUCGGAGGUGCUGGCGCUCAGGAUGCAGAACUCUGAACAGCAGCAGAGGGAGGCUGCCCAGCUGCGGGCCCAGGUCAUGAAGCUGCAGCAGUGCUGCCAGACGGUGCGUCGGGACUCACUGAUGAGCCUGGGAAGACUUGCCAGAGCAGGGUGUGCGCGGGAGCGGGGAGGUCUGGUGAACUUCACUGGUCUUGGGUCCUUCCAGUAUGGGGCUGAGGCUGAGAAGUUGCAGCUGCAGCUGGCUUCGGAGAAAGAAAUCCAGACGCAGCUCCAGGAUGAGGAAGCACUUCCUGAUUUCCAGGAGACCCUGGCUGAGGAGCUCAGAACGUCUAUAAGGAGGAUUAUCUCAGACCCUGUGUAUUUUAUGGAAAGGUGCACUCUGGGCCCCAGACCUUUCGGGGACUGCUCUUCAUUGCACUGUGAGCUGCACUACAGUGAAGAUCGAGAGCGGGAGCAGGGGCUCGAGGCAGAGGAGGGGCUGAUGUCAGCUGAGGAUUUCGCGCCUGCGGAGGAGCUGGGGGCCACAGGAGAGGCGCUGCCAGCUGACGAGGGGGUGACGGAAGAGGCAGAGCUGGUGUCUGAGGAGGCUGAGGCCUGGGAAGAGGCGGAGCCCGAGCUGGAUGAGGCAACGCGGAUGAACGUGGUCACGUCAGCCCUGGAUGCCAGCGGCUUGGGCCCCUCGUGCCUGGACAUGAAGUAUGUCCUCCAGCAACUGGCCAACUGGCAGGACGCCCAUUACAGGCAGCAGCUGCGGCAGAAGAUGCUCCAGAAAGGUGAGUGCUCCUGUGGGGGCCUCCCUUUGGCCAGCCGGACAAGCUGCAGAUCGUGAAGCCGAUGAAAG